AUGGCUCAACCGAACUUAGCUUCUGCUUUAGUUGACUGGGUAAACACUUUUAGGAUUUCGCGUCCUAUUACGAUAAAUGAUCUUGCUGAUGUCGCUGUUAUGAACGAGGCUCUUUGUACUAUUGAUAAUAAAUGGUUCAAAUUUUCAAAUGAUAAUAAUCGAGAGGAUAAUUAUCUUGCAAAAGUAAAGAAGCUUCAACAAUUGUACCCGCGUCUUACACAUUAUUAUCAAGAGGUUCUUGGAUUUCCCGUUGUGAAUCUUGAUCAACCUAAUCUUUUACAUAUUGCAAAAGACGGGAGUCUCGAUGAAACAAUAAAGUUAUGGUCGAUGAUCCUUACGUUGGCUGUUAGAUCUGAUAAAAAUGCUGUGUAUAUCGAGAAAAUUCAGUCUCUGAGUCCAACAUCCCAACAAGGUUUAAUGGUAUCCAUCGAAAGGGUAAUGAGUCGAUUAGGAGAACUUACUGUUCAACAACCUGUCAGACAACUCCCACCGCCCAUUCCCAUUCCGGAGCCUGAAUUUAAUAAAUCUAAUGCAGAGUAUCGAAAAAUCAUUGAGGAGAAAGAAACUAUUGAAAAAACUCUCACAACUUUGUUGGAUGAUUUCUCCGAAUUGCGCUCUCAAUAUGAUGAUUUGCAAGGUAUAAACGACGAUCUUAGACAAAAACUUAGAGAGAUGGAGAGUGGUAAAGAUUUCCACUUGAGAGUUGAAAUUGAUAACCUUCGACACGAAUUAUCUCGAAGUGAAAAUCAACGUCAUGAAACAGAACUCCUAGUUGAAAGAAGCAAUAUAACGAUAAACGACCUUACUAAAAAAAUCAUUGAUCUCACUGAACAAGCCGAUAGAGCAGCACAAUUAAAUGAUCAACUAGAUGAACAUAGACACUCUACAGAUAAAUUAAAGAAAGCCGAGAACGUUAUCGAAAAAUAUAAAAAGAAAUUUGAGGAAACUGCUGAUAUUAGAAGAACACUCAAAGUUGUGGAGCAAGACAAUCAACAACUUAACGAACGCAACAGGCAUUUAGAAGAUGAAUAUCGCAAAGUUUCUGCUUAUAAGACACUAAUGGAAGGUUAUAAGAAGCAAAUUGAUGCUCUUCAGAUCGAGAAGGCUGAAUUGAUCACUCAAAAUAAUAAACUUGAAUAUGAAAAUAAACAUAUGCGAACAAAAAUCGAAGCUCAUGAACUGGCACAGAGUCGUGACAUGGAAGCCAUACGCUUGUUGGAAGAUCGUUUAAGAGAAAUAGAAUUUGGUGAUGGAGAACGUCUGCAACUAGAUGAUGAGAAAACAGAAGUGGUAGGAAAUAAUGAUCGAUCUAUUGAAGAUGAGAUGAAAGAAAGCACAAUGGCUGGUUUGAGAUUGAAAGUAAAUGAACUUGAACGAGAAUUAGCCAGGGUACGUGAUGGUAAACCAGCAGAAGGAGAUGCCGAUACGGCGCGAUUAUUAGUAUUAGAAGUUAUGUUGGAAGAUGUCAACCGUUCUAAAGCUAAACUUGAAAAGGAUUACAAUAAGGUUCAGAAAGAAAAACAGGAAUUGGAAAGUGAGCUACGGAUACAACAAAAUGGUAGUACUUCUAAUGGUGUGGAUAAAUCUGAAAACAGAAAGAGCUUUGAAAGAGAAUUAAUGGAAACUAAGCGAAAGCUUAUUGAUGCCCAGUUUAAACUUACUCAGGCAGGAAAAGAUGGGGAUGAAGCUAAAUCAGAUUCAACUCUAGAAUCUAGAAUUAAAGAUUUAGAGGCAGAAAAAGAAGAAUUGAAGAGAAGCAACGAGGAGUUGAAUUCCUUUAUUCAAAGUUUGAAAGAUAUGAGUGAGGAUGAUCUUAAGAGUCAAAAUAUUCAGCUGCAUCAGCAAAUUGCAGAUAAAGCAAAGAAGAUUGAAGCAUCCAGACAGCUAAUUAAAGGCCAACAUGAGAUCAUUGAAGCUAAUAAGAGUCGUGAAGCUUCAAUGAAGGCAGAGAUGAAAGCUUACACCGAAGAAAUCUCUCGUCUUAAGCAAUCUAACGAAGAGGCAAGGCAAUAUGCUGCUAAAGAGAUUAAAUUGAUCACGAGUGCUUGGUUUAGUAUGGGUCGACGAAUUCAAGGUGAUCAUGUGUUCUUGCAACGACAAGGACCUACAUCAUUUCUUGGUCAACAACGUACGGUUAUUGACGCAUCGCUUAAGCGGCGGUGA